CCCCCCCCCCUCCGAGGAUAUCGUUGUCCGGGAUAAGGUGUUCUCCCAAAGGCUCCGUCUCAACCCAUGACUGGGCCACAAAGCAUCAUUACUUCCCCACCGCCCCAUCGUCGCCUUUCCUUUGCCCCUCUCUUUCCGCCCACGAUGUGGCCCUUCUUCUCGCCUCCCACCAGCCCCGUUCAGCACGCACACGGUCUCUGUGGCUCAGUCGGUAGAGCGUUGGUCUCAUAUUCUGUCAAUAUGACCCUGCCUCCAGGUCGGGAUAUCCAAAGGUCGCAAGUUCGAGCCUUGCCAGGGACAGUCCUCACUUUUUGCCUGUCUGUCGUGUGUCUGCUGGUGACGUUUAGGCUGCUAAUUGCAUUGGGAUACGAUUCAAUAGUAUGAUUAACCUGUGCUCUCUCUGCUGCUUGCCUGUCUUGUCUCGUGUAUUUCAUUCACCCCACGGCUUUCGUGUUGACAUGAACGCCGGGCGCAACAACCUCAAGUUCCGUAAACGGAGGAGCAACACAUGCACGAGGUCAAUCAGCAGGUUCACAGCCCUAUCUGAUACACAUAUUAACCAGCUACCGAAUUCAAGUGAAGUGAAGGGCUUCCUUAAUACUCGCUUGUCAUCUCACUAUCCCUCGGCGAUGAACCCAGAGCCAAUAGGUCCGCCGUGCCGGCGCACACAACCUUUAUCUCAAAACCGCUCCUAAACCAGCCAGAAAGCACACACACACACGGAAGCCAAUUGCAAUUAAAGCAGGUCGGUUCAGUUGAAAUUGACGCAAAAGCAAAAGGAAAUGCGCCGAGGGGGAAUCGAACCCCCGUCUCCCCGACGCUGCUGGAUGGCAACGGAGAAUUUUACCACUAAACCAUCGGCGCAUGUGAG